AUGCACAAAGCCUCAACAAUCAUCAUUUUAAUCAUUUUAACCACCGCACAUCCAACAACACCUUUAGAAGUCGACAUAAUCUGCGGCGAUGGACUAGUCUCAGACAUCUUCGAGUACUACAACUGCUCAAUACCUGAAUUGACAUCAAAGACAUCAAAAGUCACAGUCACAUCCAUCGACACAAUAUCCCAAAGUGAGUCAACGAAGGAAGUUGACUUUUUGUUCAUUGGAAAUGAAUUUUAUCCUGAAUAUUUCCCAGAGGAGCUUAGUAAUGUCAUUCAAGGUGCAACUGGGCUAUUUUAUAGAAGCACGCCUUUGAAGUACAUCAAAAGGUCAGAUUUUACAGCUCUGGCGCCAAGAUUAAAUGCACUUGGACUUGAUAAUAAUGAAAUUGAGGAAAUUCCGUUUGAUACUUUUCAUGACUUGGCCGGGCUGGUCCUGUUGAAUUUGAGGUACAAUAAAUUAAAGUCAUUGGAGCCAAAGUUGCUGCUGAAUGCUGUAAAGCUCAAAAUAUUCUCAGCAAAAUUCAACAAAAUUCAGGAACUCGAUCAAAAUUUCUUUGGAUCUUCUAAAAACUUGGAAAUUGUCAGCAUCAGCAACAACAAAAUUGUGGAAGUUCCUGAGAAUUUAUUUGCCAACAACGAAAAUCUUUGGGCAGUUAACUUUACAGCCAACAGCAUUGAGAACAUUCCGAUCGAUUUUAGGUCAUUUUCGAGUCUAGCUGUUGUGGAUGUUCGUGAGAAUGUUGGAAGUUGUGAUGGAAUUUUUAUGAAGGCAAGCGUCGUUGACAAGUUUAAGAAGGAGAAGAUUGAGAACAUUGUGAAGAAUAUUGAUGAGUUUCAGGAGCUUGUGGAAAAGAAUGACUGUCCUCGAGAAGAUGUAAAUGGUAUGGAAAGAUUUAUAGGAAAGUCAACUGAGCUUUUGGAAGUUAAAACUGAUGAUUUGGAUGGGUUCGAAGAUGCCAACGAAACAAUCGUCCCAACCGAACAGAUGGACCUCAACCAAGCAAUCGAAGAAGCCAAAGUAUCCAUAAACCUAUUUUUCAAUAACCAAAUUGAUGCAGCUCACGAGAUGAUGAAGCCAUAUGCACAUUGCUCAAUUUAUCAUGCUGUUGGUCACAGUGUCUUUCUGUUCUUAGAAGCGAUGUUGACAUUCGAGCAGCGACACAUUGAAGCAGCAUCAGAAGCACUAAAAUCAUGUCUUCAUGUUUGUCAAAAGUUUCGAAAAAAAUCUUCAAUUUCUGAAAGUAUCGGAAAGACUUUCAAAAGGACAAAUUUUGGAGACUAUACAGAAGUUGAGGCACAUGCUGAGUUGUGCUUUGCUGAGGCACUUCUACUGAAAGCUUUGCUCACAUUUGUCGAGGACGAGACACUGGCUAGCAUGAUAAAAGGUGGCAUGAAAAUUCGAACAUGCUUCAACAGCUAUAAAGACUGCAAUCAGAUCCUUGCGCAACGAAAAUGGGACAACGCAGCUAGUAAAGAGCACUUUGAGUCAGGCGUACGGAUGGGCGUUGGUACUUUUAACCUUAUGAUCUCUCUGCUUCCUGGUCGUGUGAUAAAAUUGCUAGAAUUUAUUGGAUUUUCUGGAAAUAAACAGUCAGGCAUGCAAGAUUUAGUGAUGGGAUCAAAGAUGACUGGGUUGAGGCAGGUGCUGUGUGUCAUGACACUGCUGUCAUAUCAUUUGAUUGUGUGCUAUGUGCUUAGCCAUCAAGAGGGUGACUUAGACUUCUGUAAUGAGAUACUUGAGAAGCAGCUGAAGCUAUACCCCAGUGGCGUCUGGUUCCUCUUCUUCAAAGGCCGUCUCGAGUUCAUGAAGGGAAACCUCGACGAAUCUCUAGUCUGGUACAAAAAGUCAUGGAAAUCCCAAAAUGUCUGGACUCAAUUCCAUCACAUUUGUUUCUGGGAGAUGCUCUGGGUCAACAGUCUCAAGUUAGAUUGGCGUGAGGCUAUCCUCUAUUCAACAUAUCUCGUCGAGAACAGCAAGUGGUCGAGAACGAUGUACACAUACCAAAAGGCAUCACUGAUGUGUAUGUUGGACUCACAAGAAUUAUCAUCGAGUGAGAAGCGAACGAUAAAAAAUCUCAUGCAGGAAGUGCCAGUUUAUAAGCAACGAAUAGCAGGAAAAUCACUUCCAAUGGAAAAGUUUGCGUGUCGACGUGCUGAAAGAUUUUUAAAUACCGGAAUUUUAAUUUUACCUGCGAUCGAGUUGAUGUUCUUGUGGAAUUUAUUUAAAAUACUUGGGAAGCGUUUUCAGCUGGCUGAGGGAGUUUUUAAGAUAAUUGAGAAGGGAAUCAAGACGCUUGACGAGAGUCCGACUGAUGAUCCAAUAAGGAAGUAUGAGACUGAUAAUCGAGCUCUAUUAUUAUUGAUGAAAGGUGCUUGCUUGAGGCAUAUGAAGAGUCCAUUACAGGCUAUGAAAUGCCUCGAAGAAUCAAUUUCCCACCAAAAGUCGAUCAAAGAAGACACAUUCAUCAUUCCAUACGCGAUAGUCGAGGUCGCCCUCCUUCAUAUCGAACAAAAUAAAAUUGACCUUGCGAUUGCUUGUCUAGAAGACGCAAAGAAGAACUACACCGGAUAUUCACUAGAAUCGAGACUUCAUUUUCGUAUUCACACGGCACUGAGCGAUUUGAAAUGGCAACGUGAGCAUGAAGGAAACGGAAAUGUUGAGUAGUAAAAAGCAGUUGAUUGAUUUUUUUAUUCAAAGUUAUGUUGGUGAAUGCUGACUUGAAAAAAAAUAAUAUUUCAAAAAAUGUUUAAUUUUCUGAAGAGAAAAAAAUGUUCUUAAAUUGAUUGAUUGUUGAUGUGUCCUUUGUACCACAGAUUAUGGUGUAUAUCAUCGAAUAAAAUGAAGAAAAUAUUUAAAAAAAUAUAUUUAAGAAAAACAAUUGAU